CUUUUCUUUGUGAUUGUUCUUCAUAUUGAUCCAUCACACCUGUCAACAAGAGACUUUUGAUCCUGUUUCUGUUCUGGGGAAUGAAUGGAGCUUGAAUAGGGUUCAUUGAUCUGAUCCAGUGUUGGAUCAGUGCUGAUCAGUGAAAAAGUCCCUCAGUGAAACGCUGAGUUACAGGAACCUGCACCAUGAAGCCGGAUCAGUGGGUUAUCCAGCUGUACUUAGGCUGAACUCAGGUUCUCCAGUAUCACGAGGCUGGCUCCCUUUAAACCAGGGUACAUCACCAUGGUAACUAUGGUGGAUCACCGUGGUAACAGCUGCUGCAAGUUAACUUUAGAGGAUCAGUUCAAAACAUGUCAGCAGCCCGACUGCUGACCAAUCGGAUCGCUGGACAGAAGCGUUUCCAAUAAAGUGUCAAAGAAUAAAGAGCAGCAGAUAUUUUUAUUGAUCAGUAGAAUCCUCAUGUUGAUCCAGAAGAAAUUAUCAAUACUUCAUGAUUAUAAAUGAUCAUUUCAGUCAGACUGAGUUACUGUAAACUUUUCUUCAUCUGCACCAGGAUUUCAGAACAUCAUCACACUCAAAGCACGAAACACCAGGUCAUUGAUAAUAUGAUUUAUCUAAAACUUCUCCCAGAGUCUGCAGCUUCUGUCUGUUCUGGUUCUGUGCUCAUGUUCUUCAUCACCUGGUGGAGCAUCACUCUCAGCUUCACUGCUUCAUCUCAUAUUCAUCCCGUCACUCAAGGUCCAGAUGACUCUCCCAGAACCGGAUCAGCUGAGAACAGGUCUCAGGAUCCCGGUUAUCCUCAGGACCGUUAAUGUUAGACUCGGUGAAGCAGGUGACACAGACAGCCGGACCGAGCCGGACCCAGUCCGUGGAGCCGGACCCAGUCCAUGGUGCCGGACCCGGUGACACACACGGGAUUCUCCUGACGCUCAGAAACUGAUCCUGCAUCAGUUCGCUGACGCCUACAGGGCGUGGGACCUUUAGCUGUUAGAUCCGUGCAGCUCAUUGGUCAGCAGACUCAGGUGGUCGCCGUCCAUCCAAUCACAGGCCUUUAUGUUACGUCGCCAGCCUGACUGCUCUCCGGCAGGAAGACUGACCUCGGUUUAUUUCCUGUCGGUGUAAACAGCGACGUUAUCGUGUUUUUACUGAAGUCGAGUUUAAAUUAAUCAGUGAGUCACGGUUUCCCGCCUCCAGCCGCUGCUGGAAACCGUCACCGUCACCUGUGGUUCAUACGUGGGACUGACGGAGGGGAAGCUAACCGGACAGCUACACGCUAACGUUAGCCGUUAGCCCGGGGCUCGGUGCCGGUGACCGUCAGAGUUGGUUCGUGCAUGGGCGAGUGAACAUCAGCCAUGAGCGCGGAGCCGGACGCCCUGGCCGUGGUCAACCAACUGCGGGACCUGGCCGCCGACCCCAUGAACCGCAGGGCCAUCGUCCAGGACCAUGGCUGCCUGCCGGGACUCAUCCUGUUUCUGGACCACCCAAACCCUCAGGUCGUCUACUCUGCCCUGCUGGCGAUCCGUUACCUAGCAGAAUGUCGGGCCAACCAGGAGAAGCUGAAGGGGGAGUUGGGGAUGAUGCUGAGCCUCCAGAACGUAAUGCAGAAGUCGACCACUCCCGGAGAGACGAAGCUGCUGGCGUCAGAGAUCUACGAGCUCCUGCAGGCGUCCAGCAGCGCCGACUCUGGGCCGGCCGAGGAGGCCGUCGGCAGCCGCCGUAAAGCCCAGUUCUUUCUGGGCUCCAGCAACAAGAGAGCCAAGACCGUCAUCCUCCACAUCGACGGCCUGGACGACUCGAGUCGCAGGAGUCUGUGUGAGGAAGCUCUGCUGAAGAUCAGAGGAGUGAUCAGCUUCACCUUCCAGAUGGCCGUGAAGAGAUGCAUCGUCCGGAUCCGAUCAGACCUGAAGGCCGAGGCUCUGGCGUCUGCGAUCGCCUCCACCCAGGUGAUGACGGCUCAGCAGGUGGUGAAAGGAGAAAACGGAGACGAGGUUUUGAUCCCGUUGACGGAGGACGGUUCGGUGGAGGUGGAGCAGAACGUGGACCUGCCGGACUACCUGCCGGAGGACGAGAGUCCGUCUCAGGAGCCCGACAAGGCGGUGAGCCGGGUGGGGUCCGGCCAGGACGGGACCAGCUGGCUCGGUGCCGCCUCCAACUUCCUCUCCCGCUCUUUCUACUGGUGACCCCCUGGAGCCGCCUCCCCCUCCUCCCCGCUCUGUUAAACCCCUCCCCCCCGUACUCUCAGAACAAACACCUACCAGCUGCCAAAUCUCAGCGCUGCCAGUGUCAGCCAGAGACCGAACCUGAGACAGAACCUCCAACAGUGAGUUUAAACACAGACACCACCUGUCGGCGUGAAAACAAACCUCUGGAUUGUGGUUUUAAAGUUUCUGUUGGAGGUCUGUGGCGUCACUCUCUCAGUAAACGGGUCCAAAUGUUACAAACCAAAUUGUCUUAACAGACAGGAAGUGUCCUGCAGGGACACAAACAGACACCAACGAGUUAGAGUACAGAGGCCUGACCGGGACGCCGCUCUCCUCCUCCUUCUUUUUAUUAUUUAUUUGACCAGACGACUGAGUGACUUCUCUUCCUGCGGUGGCGUGUGACAGGACGAGCAGCGUCACAGUUCAGUCAGCUGUGCCUUCAGUGUCUCCAGCUCUCAUCACUUCAGGCCUGGAAAUGUCAAAAAUGAUGACAGAUGCCCACGAAAACCUCCGAGGAGUCUACACAGCAGAAAAUCAAGCCUCAUGAUCUGAAACUUAAAAUCCUCAUCCUUUAAUAAAACAUCUCAGUAAACUGUUGACCAGAAUCACCAAUGAUCAGAAACCACGUCCUGAAUUUGGUGGACGGUUUCCUCGGGCUCAGAUUAGUUCUCAUCAGUCUCCAUACCAACCACAUGUGCAUGAGUCCAGCUGUGAUCAGAUCCACACAAGUGGCUUCACUUGUUUCUGAUGAGUAGAGCUCUUCUCAGGAAAGUGCAGUUUGAUCAGUCGAGUGUCGUCGCUCCAGUCUGAACCUUUGAGGUCAAACCUGAGCGGCGUCUGGUUCCCUCCUCUGCUGCUGUCAACGUGAGGCGACUGAUGGAGAUAAACAGCAGGUGGGUGAGUCUCCAGUCGCUGCCAUUAAACCACCACAGAAGAAGAGGACACAACUGACAGACGUCUUCCUCACUCUCCUGUCAGGUGCACGGCCUCAGGUGACCUCGUGCUCUGCACACAUCUACCUGAGCCGACGUCGCAGAUGAACAAAAACACCUGUACAGAUACAAACAUCCAGAGAGGAGGACCUGCUGUGUCAGCUGGUCCCUCGUGUUUGGGACGAAUCGUGUCGCUUUUAUGGGUAUUUGUCGUCAUUUUUGACAAAUUCAGAGACAAAUGAAAGUGGUGGUUAGUUGCAGCCUUCCUGUGAUGUUACUGCAGGGAGGUCAGAGACUCGGAGAGGCCACAGGUUUGAUUCCUGUUUCCUGUGAGUGGGAGAGGGAUGGACUCCUCCUCGGAUCAGUGGCAGGACGGUGCUUUACUUUCUCUUUCUGACUCUUCUUCUUCUCCUCUGAUUGUUCAGAGCUCGUGAGGUUUCUGGACCCGUCGUCAUGUUUACACCAACACCCCCGUGUGAAUGCCUUUAAACUGAACUUUUAUUUUGACACUUCCUGUGGACCAGAUGCUGAAUUCUGCCCUACAUUCAACCACGGUGGUGUUUCAUGGAGCUAUGUUCCCUAAGCUUGAUUUUCUCCUGUAACAGCCAGAGGGUUGAUGGGAAUCAGUUUUGUGACUAUUUUGCACAGUUGAAUCUGAGGGUGAUGUUUUUAAAUAGAGUAGAAAUCUGUGUUUUAAACACUGGACCAUGUGAGACAGGACCCAGCUGUUGGGGGGAAACUAAAACAACAAGAUCACUAAGAUGAUUAAAGAGCUGAGUCAUCACUUCUCUGAACAAACCUGAACGUCACAGUAUUAAAUGCAGCAACAGACGGCAACGUUUCAUUAAAAUGUAGACUUUCCCUUCACUCACCUCUCCUGGUGUUAAUUCAUGAUUAAACUACAGAAGUCGAGGUUGAUGUUUGAUUUAAUUCACAGAAUCACAUGAAAAAUCAAAAGAAAAUAAAUCAACCCUCCAAAGUUUUUAUUUUAUUUUAGUUAAGACUGAGACUUUCUUCUGAAAUGACCUUUAAUGACCGUGUACAGAUUUUUACUGUCCUCCUCUCAUUCUGUGAGUUUGUGUGUUCAUGUACCUGCCAGGUGUGCUCAUAGCUCUGCCUACACCGCUCACUGUCCAAUCACAUUCAGAGUAGCCUGUUGUCAGAUGUUAGCAUGAUGCUAAAUGCAGUACUGGCCUGAAUAUAAUACGACUGUUUGAACAAAAAGCAACAUUAUGAAUAAAAUGGAGACAGAAACAUGUUUGAACAUCA